AUGGACUCUUCAAAACCGGCAAAAUUAUGUUUUGUGACGGUUGGGGCUACGGCCCCAUUCAAUGCUCUUGUUUCAGAGGUUCUCGGAGAGCCCUUCCUAAAAGCCCUCAAGGAAAACGACUACACUGAUCUUUUGAUUCAGUAUGGCCAACUUCGAGAAGCGGUCAUACAGGAAUUUAAACUUCAGAGCGAGGCUACGACUAAAGAAAAAUAUGGAUUGAAUGUCACUGGGUUUGACUUCAACUUAGCGGGUCUUAAGAAUGAAAUGCUAGCUGUUAAGGCAGAUGCCAAAGCAAAUAAAGUGGAAGGGCUAGUCAUCAGCCAUGCGGGCUCGGGCACAAUUCUCGAAGUUCUUCGAUUGGGUAUACCCCUUAUGGUUGUCCCGAAUCCUCAACUACUUCAUAAUCACCAAGAUGAACUAGCAAAACAGUUAGCGGCCAGUGGAUACGUGAUACACGGUAAACUUGGAAACCUAGCACAGGUCUUAGGAGAAGCUGAAGGUUUCCGUUCCCGCAUGCACGCAUGGCCUCCAAGCGUCAAUAAAGGGCAUGCCGGCAAAGGCCUCACCGGGGUGAUGGAAGACGAGCUAGGUUUUGUUGAUUAA